CGCAGGAGUGCCGCGAAGCCGGUUAGUCGUUGUGCCUCGAUCGAUGCGUGUCGCGCAGCGGCCGCUUUACAUACACAGCCAUGCGUACGGGUUUGAGGGAAAACCCGUCCCAUGCCGAUAGAUGCACCCGGCCAACCGCUCCCAGGGUGUCUCACAGCACCCCUUAAAAAUCUCUAUAGAAAGCACCACCCCACGCCAAAGUACAUGCUUAGAAAUUUCCUGGACAGCCAAAAAAAAACAGGCUGCCCCCAUGGCCCUCCAGCUGGCCAUCGAGCAGGGCGGCAUCCUCGAGCACGACGCGGCGGAAUCCAAAAAGCAGGGCGCCGCCGUCUGGUACAAGGACGAAGGGGGCCAGCACAAAUGUAUAUUACUGAAGCUUUCACUAAAUGACAGCACGGGCAAGAAGGUGAAAAAAGAUGUGAAAGUAAAGUGCGCGCUGCGCUACGCCGACACGGGCAAAAUCGUCGAGAACCAGUCGAUCCUGCGGGUCUGGACGGAAGAUGGUAGGAAACGGGGCUUGUCACUGAAGGGCGGGUUGUUGACCGUGAAGGCUCGAGUGGAGGACGUGUCGAAGAACCACCAGGGCCAGUGUUUUUGUGUGGAGGUGUCGUGUGACGAGGAGGGCAUCGAAAGUGUGAGAACGCAGAAGGUGCAUGUUAGGUCGAAGAGGAACAAGCGGCGCCGGGCGUCUACCUCUCCUCCUCGUACUAGGGCACCUCUACCGCAAGUCUCGGAGGAUGGCCUGCCGUCGUCGGUGGCGGAGUGGAUCCAGGAGGCUGUGUCUUCGUUAGAUGAAAUGCGCUGGAGGGUCUCGGGCGUAGACUACCAGAUGCGCAACCCCAACGCCAUCAUCGAUACACUACAAAGAAAGUACGAGAAGGACAUCGCACCUUUAUUAGGAGAAAACCAAAAGAGGAAGAAGCCGCGGAGCGUCCCGCCGAUGCAAGCACCCUCUAUGAGCCGCAUGCGCACGUCGGCGGGGAUGACGCUGGCAAUCUUGGACGAGGCCGAGGGCCAGAGCGCGCUCCACGCGCUGGCCGGCGCUGGAAGCAUGGCGCCGCCCGUGUUACAGCGGGGCGUGUCCUCGGUCUACACGGGCGGUCCCGCCGGCGACGGCUCCGGCCAUGGGGAGGACGUGCCCUUGCCGCCGUUCACGGAGACGGCCCAGAGCCGCGAGGUCGAGUCCCAAGUGAGGACGGUGCUCGCGAAGAAGUUUCGCCCGGUGCGCGACGGCGCGGUCCUCGGCUUCCCGGCCUACGACGCGGACAAGAACCUGGUGGGCUUGUACCGGGACCAGAACGGCGCGCCGGUCUUCGUGCCCGCGUCGGAGGCCGCGUCGGGUUUGGAAGAUGGGGACCAUGCCGCGGCGCGGCUUGCCUACGACCGCGAAACAUCGAACAAGAGCGACUGCGUCCAUAGCUUGGCGACGCACGGCGCGCUCGACCGGCUCAAGGACGCGGCGUUAUUGUACUGCUACUCGAAGGAGCCCUGGGCCGAGCUCGACCUCGGCGAGUAG